GGGAUCCAGGCUGGCUACACCCAAAGGCGGCCUUUGUACCCUAUUAUCCCUCGUCACCACACCUUCCCCAUCGUCUCUCCAGAACAUCAACCUUUUCUUGCUCCGCCAUCGCCGUUGCAAAGAAACAGAACCAAGACACAGAGGCCAGCCACGGCCGAGAAGAAGAAGAAGAAGAUACGAAGGGCGAGGUGGCCGUAGUGAGAGUUGAAGCAGGGCCUUGAGAUGGACCCGUGCCCGUUCGUGCGGGUGCUGGUCGGCAACCUGGCCCUCAAAAUGCCGGUCGCCCCGCGCCCCGCCGGCGCCGGCGCCGGCGUGCACCCCACCACCUCGCCGUGCUACUGCACGAUCCGGCUCAACAAGCUGCCGCUUCAGACUGCCGCGGCCCCGCUGCUGCCCUCGGACGACAUGACGCAGGGUCCCGCCGCGACGGGCGCACUGGCGGCCGCCUUCCACCUCUCCAAGGCCGACCUCGACCGCGUCACGGCCAAGCCGUCCCUGUUCGUCGCCCGAUCUGCGAGGCUCAAGGUUGCCGUGUACGCCGGGCGGCGGGGCACCACUUGCGGGGUCAACUCCGGCCGGCUGCUCGGGAAGGUGGUCAUCCCGCUGGACCUCAAGACCGCGGUGGGGAAGCCCAUUGUGUUCCACAGCGGCUGGCUCUCCAUCAACAAGCGCGGCCGUAAGGCCUCUGCCGUCUCCGGCUCCGCGCAGCUUAACCUCACCGUUCGCGCCGAGCCCGACCCGCGCUUCGUGUUCCAGUUCGAUGGCGAACCUGAGUGCAGCCCGCAAGUGCUCCAGGUGCAGGGCGGCAUGAUGCAGCCCAUGUUCACCUGCAAGUUCUCCUGUCGCAGCAACAGCGACCUCCGCUCUCGAUCAAUGCACUCCGAUCCAGGGAGUGGCAGCCGCAACUGGCUGAUGUCCUUCGGUUCCGACCGCGAGCGCGCAGGGAAGGAGCGGAAGGGAUGGUCGGUGACGGUGCACGACCUGUCGGGUUCGCCAGUGGCACUGGCGUCCAUGGUGACGCCGUUUGUGGCGUCCCCCGGUUCCGACCGCGUGAGCCGGUCCAACCCGGGCGCGUGGCUUGUACUCCGGCCCGGCGACGGCACUUGGAAGCCGUGGGGCCGCCUGGAAUGCUGGCGCGAGCGUGGCGCUGGCGCGGCCGGCGACAGCCUCGGGUACCGGUUCGAGCUCCUGAUUCCUGACCCAACCGGAAUGGGCGUCGGCGUCUCUGUCGCCGAGUCCAACGUCCCUUCCUCCCGCGGGGGGCGCUUCGUCAUCGACCUGACGGCGGCGCAGCCCUUCGGCCGGAGCGGGUCGCCUGGGUGCAGCCCGCGCGGGAGUGGUGACUUCAGCGGCGGGUAUGGUCUCUGGCCCUUCGGGAGCUACCGCGGGUUCGUGAUGUCGGCGGCAGUGCAGGGCGAAGGGCGGUGCAGCCGGCCAACGGUGGAGGUGGGGGUGCCGCACGUCGGGUGCGCGGAGGACGCGGCGGCGUUCGUGGCGCUGGCGGCAGCCGUGGACCUGAGCAUGGACGCGUGCAGGCUCUUCUCGCACCGCCUCCGGAGGGAGCUCUCCAGCACCCGCUCCGACCCACUGCGGUGAGGAGACCCACCCAGCGGCAAAUGCGACCACAAACUGUACAGCGGUGGUGGCGAGAUCGAGGGAGUCGAUGCUGGUGGUUCAGUUCUCUUGUUUUUUUUUCGUGGGAGAUCAGACUGUCCGUUUUUUGGGAUCACUUCUCGUGAUUUUUGGUGGGGGUGUUCUUGUUUUAAAAUCCGUCACUAGUAGUAGUAAUUUUUAGUCCUCUACUAGCUGCUUUGUGAAGUUUUAGAAGAAAAUCAUCAAUCAGCCGUAGGAGAGAGUUCGUGUUGUGUUUGUUCCGAACUUCCGAUUGUCCUUCCAGUUUCAAUUUUUUCUUUUUUUUUUUUGCCAUGAAAGGAGUGAAGAACCGAUGUCGUAAUAAAACCCGUUGCAGAAUGAA